AUGAGUUCUGCAUCGAAUGGGCGCAAAAACCGCCCCAGAUCCGCCGGGAACAUCUUCCAGAUCGGCAAACCUCCGCACCGAGACCUACAGAGGAGGGAGAGCACCGAAAGUACCCGCAAAGCCCAGCGCGCCGUGGCCGACUGCAGAAUGAUCGUCCAAGAAUUUAAUACGCUUGUGGCUCUGUACCGUGAACUGGUCAUCUCCAUUGGCGAAAUUACUGUGGACUGUCCUUCUUUACGGGCCGAAAUGCUGAAGACCCGAACUAAAGGCUGCGAAAUGGCGAGAGCGGCGCACCACAGUCUGUCCUUGAUAUCGGGGCCAGAGGACGGGGAGAUCCACCCUGAGAUCUGUAGGCUCUUCAUCCAGCUGCAGUGCUGUCUGGAGAUGUACAUCACUGAGAUGCUCAAAUCUGUCUGCUUGCUGGGCUCCCUGCAGCUUCACAGGAAAGGUAAGGAUGGCUGUGGCCCUACCGGGGUCGAAAGUAAGACGGAGGAGAGCUCAGACAUCCCCAUCCUGGAGGACACCUCUUCUUCCCCCACUGACUUUCCUCAGCUCUACUGGCUGGUGGCCACUGACAUAGAAAACAUAGAAAGGGAUAUGAGGGAGAUGAAGAACCUUCUCAGUAAACUCAGGGAGACAAUGCCUUUACCAUUGAAGAACCAAGAUGACAGCAGUUUGCUGAACCUGACUCCCUACCCACUGGUCCGACAGAGGAAGAGGCGGUUCUUUGGGCUCUGUUGCCUGGUAACCAGCUAAGGGCCCCGCCUUCGUGGGUAGGAGGCGGCAACAAAGACACCAUCACCCACUGUCCUUCACCACUUGUGUCUCCCACCAAUCUAUUACUGCCAUUUUCAAAUAAAUUGUCUCUUUCUCUUUUUUUUUAAAAGGCUGCCCAUUUUAUAAUUUUAUUUUGUGAUACAAAGAAGAAUUGUAACUGCAAUGUGAUGAAAACAAAAGUCAUGAACAUAUAUUUUAAGAUAUUUUGCAACAAAUUUUCCCUUUUUUGGUAAAACAAGUCAGAUAUUUGCUUGUCCAAUGUAAAAGAGAAUGAGAGGUCAUUUGAGAUCGUGUCAAUGUUCAUUUACUUCUGCAAACCCGAGUGAAUGAAAUGAGGGUUCAUGUAAAAAAAAGGGAAUGUAAUUGUCAGUUUUUGUCAGAAAUAAUGUGUUAACUUAUGAACAGAAGCCAUCUGAAUAUUCCACGAUGGCAGUUGCAAAGACAAAGUUAUAUCUUCGUAUGUCAAAGCUGAGAUGAGAGGUUUGUGCAGGGUAAGUUUGUUGUGUAUUACAGUAUCUGUUUUCUGUUUCUUGCUGUUUUUUCUUCUUAAUGUACUUAAUUUAGUCUUCCAUAAACCAAGUACCUGUAUCCAACUUUACCUUUCCAGCUUCAAAAUGGAAUAUAUGAUACAAUACUCAAAAAGAAAACUUCUUUGCACACAAUAUCUAUCUAUAAAUUGAGACAUUAGACUUGUAUAUACACAUACUCUCUUUACGCAAUGCUCUCUGGAUUGUUUCAAAGAUGGAGAUGGCUGGUAAAUAUUCUGAUUGUUGGUGUAAACAGGGAGGGUCUCCCUCUGUCUCAGGCAGUCCAGUGCAGACAGAGGCCAGGCAGCAUGGUUCUUGCUUAUUAAUGAUAGUGAUCAAUGUUUAUGGCACGGUGAAGGUACAGUAGUCAAAGCUGAUAUAGGUCAUUUUACAUUGUUAAUAAAACUUUUGUUAUUGAAAC